AUGAGUAUUCCGGAUUUCUUCAUGCACCUUGACAGGCUAUUGUCGAAUAAACACUACAAGGAAUAUCAAGCUGAGUAUGGUUUACUCAGUAAGCUACCUAGACUUAAACAAAAUUGUCCAAUUCUAAAGCAAGUAGGCAAUAUGUACACGUUGAAGAUUUUUGAACUUUUCCAAGACCAAUUCAUAGAAGCUUGUGUGGUUGCUACCGUGGAAGGAAUAACUUUAGAUGAAAAUGGCUUACAUGUUUCUAGAGUAUCUAUUCAUGAUGGCAGUAUGGAUCGGACUGUGAUAAGGUGGGAUGAUGGCUUUCUAAGUUGUUCGUGCGGGAAAUAUGCAAUGGAGGGUAUUUUGUGCAACCAUGUACUUAAAGUACUGAAAGACGACACUCAUUAUUUCAAAGAAUUACCUUCUAUGUAUAUACUUAAAAGGUGGACGAGAAAAGUUGGGGAUAACAGCGUACAAGACAUCCAUGGAUGUGAAGUCAUUGCUGAUCCUAAACUUAAAGUACGCAGAAGAAAACACAUUAAUGUUGAAGGACAAUGUUCCGAUGUUGAACAAGAGGCAACCAAUUCAGCUUUUUCAACUGAAAGAAGUAAUAAUCAUGAACAUAAUGAAAGUAUCAUUGGGCAAGCCGCGACCGGAAGUAAUGCCAAGGGUAUAAAGAAUAAAGAAACAGAUGGUAAGGGACCAAGGCGCAGGAAGAAGAAUAAGUUUGAACAGUUCAUGCAGAGAAAAAAAAAACUAUGCGAAAUGAAAGGUUAA